AUGCAUUUAUAUAGAAAAUAUUUGUAUGUCGAUAAAUGUAAGAAGCACACCUGUAAUCAGCUGUCCCCGUUCUACCAUCAUCACCGUCCUGCUGUUGUGUUUUUCCAAAGCUUGCUUCGCAACCCUUUAUUGCGCUGUGCUUCAUAUGAGCCGCGGCCACAACUUCGAAAGACGCUGUCACCUGAUGCCAAGCUUUUGAAGCACUUGUCGUUGCCCUUACCGCCAAAAAUUAAAAUUACAACAGCGGCACAUAAUAAGAAACCAGCAGCUAUGCCACCAUCGGCGCCAACAUCACCAGUGAGCAAUCGAAGCUCCGGUUUCUCUUCCAUUGGCUCAGCUGAUGAGCGUUGGCAACGCUAUGUGGCACUGUUCGAUGAUGUGGAUGGUAUAAAUAAAGCACCUAAAGUAAAAUAAGGAAACCUAGCUUUUUUAGUUUAUAUAAAUAAAAUUGUAAUACACAUAUGUAUAUUUAUUUUAGGUACAUUUUGUUCAUACAUACACUU